AUGAGUUCCAGCAGCGGCUUUGCCGAUACCCUCAGUCCCGGGACGACGACCACAACAACUAAUGCUAACCCACGGUCCACCUCCACAGUCCGGUCGCGGCGGUUGGUUUCAUUCACCGAUAGCGAUGAGGAUAAUAAUCUCCGCCAGCCACGGUCCACUGGACUGUCUACGAUGCUUACCCCAGAGCUCCCCGCGGUCCGGUCUCGGGGUGCGACCCCUUCACCUCGUCCAUCCCGAACCCUCUCCCCUAUCCCCAUGAGCCAUCCUUCUCGAGUCACGCAGACGCCCAACCAUGUUCGGACCGGUGGGAAUUCAUUAGGUGGGUUUUACCUCGAUGGAAAAAACCAGGUGGCGUUCGCUGAGUCGUCGCGAGCUGCCGCAGACUUUCUCGAUGCAUCCUGGUCAUCGCUACAAAGUCUGGCCUCGUCCCUUUUAGGAAGCGAUAUCACCCACCCGACCGCUAAUGGAUCCCCCCGAACGCACGCCAGAAAGCCCUCCCGCCCAGACGUGUGCACGCGAAUACCCUCACGCACACCGUCGGCUUCCACAUGGGGUCCCUCGGCGCCCGCAGCACCUGAGAUUGGCGCCGGAACGAAGGAGGAGAGACAAGCGUUGGUGCAGGCAAAGAAACGGGAAGCUUUGUUGUUAGCAGAAACCGAUCCGAGUUGGAGCUUGAAUGCCCGGCACAAACGGCGCGAUUCGAGUGACCAAGCAGAUCACUCGGCAAUCCAACCAGACCAGGAUGGAGAUGCGCUGGUUUACGUGCAUCGGGUCCAGCCAGCCGACAGUAUCACGGGCGUUACAAUACGAUAUGGUUGCCAGCCCGCGAUCUUCCGGAAGGCAAAUGGAUUCUGGCCCACGGAUAGCAUUCAAGGCCGCAAAACAGUCCUCUUGCCUGUAGACUGCUGUUCAGUUAAGGGUCGACCGGUAAAUCCUCAUGGAGAGGUUGAUUUACUAGACGAUGUCCCGCGACGUCCAUCGAUUGAGGAUAUGAGUGGGAGCUCUAUCGCUCCAACGGCUGUCCCCGAAACUCCCACGUUAUCGGCAGACCAAAUGCAGACGAAACCUGAACCCGCAGUAGAAUCUGACCAUAUAUGGACGCACGAGUCCUGGGUACAGAUUGACGGGUUUUCCGCACCUGUGGAAAUUGGUCGUAUCCCCCGCACUGCCCUAGGUUUCUUUCCCCGCAGUCGACGAAAAUCCCUUUGCUAUAGCGAUUCCGAACCUUUCGGACGAGACCACAAGCAAACUAUACACUCUUCAUCCUCUUCGCCAAUCCAGCUCCUUCCCUCACGCUAUUCCAAUGAUUCGCAACCCCAAUCCCAGCAUGCCUCUAAUCCACGAACAUCGCGUCUCCCUAAACCCGGCGUCCGGCAUAAGCGCCAGCGGAGCGGGCUACAGCUCUCUGGCACCGGAGUGGGAACCCUUGAUGGCAGCGUUAAUCUGCCCGGGCCCGCCAUGGACGGUCUCAGUAAGUUCGUUGCCGAACACCUACCGCAGCUAGCUCCAACACAACCGGCGCCGAAUUUCGACAGCCUCAACGAAAAUUCGUCGACAGCGGCAUCAAACUCGACAAGUCUCGACAGCAUAGGAGGCGCCGUUGAAGGCUGGGUUAGAAAGAUGACGGCGCGAGCGAAAUCCAGCUUAAGCGAUUUGCAACAAGGAACAUCCACUCUCCAGGGUCAUGGCCGAGGUCAGACGAGCGAACGGAGAGGCCUCGGAGAUCUAAUCGAGCUCGAUGAUGGGGUGGAAUCGAGAGCUUCAACCAGCCUCCUUGUGGAGUCAAGCUGGAAUGCCGAUUUCAACCGGUCUGGAACCAAUCUUUCGAACGGAGGAAGGUUUAGAGGACGAUUCCCUAGCGCUUCGCCCAGCACGAGCAGGACUCGUACUGGAUUGGAUAGGGUUAAGGACGAUUGA